AUGUCAGAUACCGAGCGCACCAUAUAUGAUCCAGAUGGCUCGUCCUCUCCCCAGCCCAGAACGGGAUCGUCAGAAAAUUCUGAGAUGUCAUAUUUCCGGUUUAUGUUUGAUCAGGCACUCAUAACUCCCGCAGUCUUGAACUAUCAAUAUGAGGGUUCGGGGACAAGCUCAAAUCCUUAUCUAGUCACCUGGAUCGAAAACGAUCUUCGCAACGCAAGAGAAUGGUCUCGGGGGAGAAAAAUUCUCACUACUGCCAUUAUGGCGACGCUCACACUGACGGCAACAUUUGUCUCAUCAACGUAUUCGGGGUGCAGAAACGAGAUCAUGUCCGAUCUAGAUGCCGGUAGUGAAGUGUUCUCUCUCGGUCUUGCCCUUUACGUCUUGGGAUUCGCACUCGGUCCGUUAUUUUGGGCGCCAUUGGGUGAAUUAUAUGGUCGCCAGAUUAUUUGUUUUAUCACCUAUGGAGCAUUUACUGCAUUUAAUGCUGGUAGCGCCGGAGUUCAACACAUAUAUUCUCUUGUUAUUAUACGAUUCUUUGCGGGAGCAUUUGCUGCUUCGGCUCUUACAAACCCGGGAGGUGUUAUCGCAGAUAUGUACGACGCUACAGAUCGAGGGCUAGCUAUGGCUUUAUUUGCGGCGGGACCAUUCAUGGGACCAAUCCUCGGGCCUAUUGUGGGCGGCUUCUUGGGUGAGACACAUGGCUGGCGUUGGGUUUCUGGACUGACAGCCAUAUUUUCGGGAACAUUAUGGAUUAUCACUGCUUCCGUUGUACCGGAAAGCCAUGCACCAUUUAUUUUACGAAAACGUGCAGAGCAACUAUCCAGAAUCACCGGUCAGUCCUAUCGCAGCAUACUGGACGCCGGCAAGCGCGAAAAGUCUGCAUGGAGCGAGCUUAAAGUAUCAUUGUCUCGCCCAUGGGCAUUGCUAUUUUAUGAGCCGAUCGUACUGCUCCUCUCUCUCUACCAGUCUAUUACUUAUGGGACGUUGUAUAUGUUCUUCGGAGUCAUACCAAUUGUAUUUCAGAAAUACCGCGGCUGGGGAGAAGGACAGGGAGGUUUGGCUUUUAUCGGAAUUCUUAUUGGAGUGAUCCUAGCCGUCCUGUCAUCUAUACUAUACCAAGGGCGAUACAAACGAAUGGUGCAGAAAGACAAGGCCCGCGGUGGCACGGGAUCUCUUCCACCGGAAGCUCGCCUGCCCAUGGGCAUGAUUGGUGGGAUAUCUCUGCCCAUCGGCUUAAUCUGGUUUGCGUGGACAAACUAUCCCAGUAUUCAUUGGAUGGCCAGUAUCUCAGCGGGUGUGCCAUUUGGUUUUGGUAUGGUACUGGUCUUCGCAUCAAUCAACGGUUACCUUGUUGACACGUACUUGGCCUUUGCCGCCUCUGCGCUGGCCGCCAAUGUUGUCAUGCGCUCAGCUUUUGCUGCUGCUUUCCCAUUAUUUACCGGUUAUAUGUAUGCUGGGUUGGGAAUUCACUGGGCCACAAUGAUUCCUGCAUUUCUGACAUUGGCUUGCGCCCCAUUACCUUUCAUCUUUUAUAAGUGGGGUAGCCGUAUACGAGCUCGAUGCAAAUAUGCGGUUGCUGCACAGGAUUUCCGAAAAGCAAUCGGGGAGAAAUAA